AUGGAUGCAGAGGUCCUUACCCUCUCAGAGAAGGAAAGAAAAGGAACGGGAAUAAACGUUGAUAUCUCCACUAAAAUAGAUGAACCCCGCACAGUACAAAUCCCUGUAGUAAACAGUUUGGGCGAAGGUGAAGUAAUUCACGCAUCUGCACGAGCUCCUCCUGUGGCAGCACCAGUAAUCCUGACUGGGGGGAUGAUUUCACCUACAACAACACAGAGAUGCACGAACAAGGCCAUUGAUAAAUCACAAUCAUGUAAAGUACCGUUGAAUUGUUACCUUAAUUCAUCAGAGUCACUGCAUCACCAUGUUCGCUUAACUAAACAAAAUGGUGAACCGAAGCAACGCCGUGUGCGUUCUGUUUCAUCUUCUAAGAUGGGACGAAUUGUCGGUGCACCGUAUAAAGAAUCACGCAGCAAGAGACUCCGAGAUCAAGUUAUGGAUGCUCGUGAUAUUCGUUCUAGUUAUGAACAGGUAUUAUUACUGACCCGUGAUAAUAAUGAGUGUAUGAAAAAACUUAGAGAAAAGGAAGAAGAACUGAAGAGGCUUGAAGUAAUGGUUCAAAAUUAUCGUCUACAAAUGGUAAGAGGCACCCCCACAGUAAACAACAACGUUGUUAAGAGUGCAUCUUCUGAGUUAGAUCCUCAGAUUAUGCGUCUUGUCAAUGAAAAUGUUAAUUUAGACAAACGAUUACGCGAAGCUAAUGCUCAAAUCACAGAAUUGAAACGUGAUGCACGUGUUGGUUACUUGCAUGAACUCAAAACGGAAUUAGCAGUAUAUCAGGCGGAAGUUGUGCGGCUUUCUUCUAUGAUGCGAGGAAGAUGUGAUAAAGAUUUACGUAAGAAUUCUCUCGGGUCUCGCCUUCGACAGGCUCUUGAUUCUUUACAAGAAAAAGAAAAAUUAGUUCAAGAUCUACGAGAAAGUCUUGUAAAAAAUACAUCUGCGCUUAGUGAAUCACUUGAAGACGCUAUGAGAGCGAAGAGUACAGUUCUACAGCUACAAGAGGAGAACGAGGCACUCUUAAAGGAGUUACAUAUGCUUAGAAAGACAACCCUCAUGUUAACACAGUCCCAAAGUGAAUUAGAAUGUACCCGUAAUGCUCUCAGGGAAGCAAAUGGACGUCUCCGAGAGUUUGAGCAACUUCUAGGUGUGGUAGAUAGUCCAGCAGAUUUGUUAGCCAUUAUUAGGGAGCGUGAUGCCUUGCUUUCCCUCUUAAAGGAACAGCAAGAACGGUAUGAGAGAGAACAAAAAGAAUUUUCACGUCUACAAGGAGAAACGAAACAAAGACUAAGAGAUUCUCUUAACGAAGCCCUUCAACAGGAACGGGCACUUGCAAAAGACAAAGAAGUUCAACUUAGGCGUUCUUGCAUGAUGUGGAAGAAGAGAUAUGAACAACUGGCAUUGGAUAGUGCUACAGAGCAGGAUAACUUAAGGGAAGAGUUGCGUGUCCUUAAAAAACGUGAGGAGGAGCGACAAGAGGAGUUACAUCAGCUAUUAAACAAGAUACAGCCAACGAUGUCUGAAGUGCACCAUCAUUAUGAACCUUAUCUACAAAAAGGUUGUGAAUCGCCUUCACCGAAGGCACAAAACACGGAAAUACCAACUUUAACUGAUACCACCUCUGAAACGUCAUUUGCGACUUCUUCAAGCUCUUCCUACACCGGGAGAACAGUAAUUGUUAACAGCAACUACAACAGUAAGACUGAAACGAAACAAACUGAUCAAAAAGAAAUAGUCUUAGAACAAGAGUCUCGUAAUCUUGGACCUACAGGGGAGGAUAUAUCAUUAAAACUAUCUGAGAACCAACAUGGCUCUACUAACAGUAAGAGUUCUCGAGAGCAUACUGAAGGUACCCUUAACCCUCCAGCGUGUGACAUCAAUGCAGAAGCAGAUAAGGAAGAGAAGAAUAUUUCGUCACGAGAGACAAGAGGAAACCUGAGUAAUUCAAUCAGCGAUAUUGCUCAUAAGAAAUCAGAUGUUACUCAAGGAACAGGAAAAGAAGAACCUCUCGCUCUAUCAUCAUCGACAGAACUGAUCAUGGGACUCUUGGGAACUGAUCCUAAAAAGAAUGGCAAGUUGAUUUCUCCGGCUGACAGCAAUUCAGCGUUAACCACGUCAGCAGUGGAAACCUCUAUGAAUAGUGGAGCUGAGAAAUCAGAGGUUUUUCCUGGACGUCCACAG